CGUCUAAAUUUAAAGUGUAAAAACAGUAUUAUACUCAAUUCAAAAAAGUAGUCACUAAACCUUUUACUUGAAUUGAGUCAAUUAUAUUUGAUAAACUAAGAAAAAAGAAUUAUGUAAGGGUUAGAUUAUUUGAGGAGAAGCUCUACAAACAAAACGAAUCAACUUUUUGAUUGCCGUCCUAUUUACUGCGGAGUAUAUUUAUUAACAAAACAAUAAAAAUCCCUUUUUUUUUCUUUCUUAUUUUAAACAAAGAAAUGAAUACAACAAUCAAUAAUUCGGUUAUAGCUCCUAAGAGAAAGAGAGGAAGACCAUGUAAAAUCAAAGAUGAAUCUAUCAAAGUAAAAGAAGAGAAAAAAUCAGAAAAAACAAGAAAAAGAAAAGCUGAUCAAGUAGUGAUCAUUAAAGAGGAAAAGAAGAAAACAGUAGCUAAACGAAAGAAAAAAACUACUUUUGAGCUUCCAGCUGAAUCAUACAUGUAUAUGGAUGAUGAUAUGCGUGCCAGAGUCGUGAGAGCAUUGAAACAAAAAAUGUUUAUAUUGUCUAGAGAACUAGAUUCUAAUGAUGAUUCAGUUGAAAAGUUUGAUGUACUUGGCAGUAUUGGUAAUUGCUAUACAGUUAAGAUAGGCCAAACUAUAUCUUGUACAUGCAUGGACAAUAGGAUGAGACGUAGACAUUGCAAACAUAUUUUAAUGAUUUUGUUUAAAGUCUAUCGACUUCCUUCUAGUAGUCCUUUAUAUCAUACUUUAAAAACAACAAGAGAACAAAGAUUAAUAGCCAGAAGUACACAUGCUCUUGUGGAUCCUACAGUUUUAGUUCCUGCAACUAUUCGACAACGUAUCUUGAACUUAACUCAUGAGAAACAUCCUGAUGUUGUUGUUAUUGAUGAUGAAGAAAAGACUUCAAGACGUCCUUUAGAUACCUCUGAUUGUCCUAUUUGUUUUGAAGUGUUUGAAGAAGCUAAAAUUGAUCAUAUAGUCUUUUGUCAAGUUUGUGGUAAUAAUAUUCAUGAUGAAUGUUUUAAUAUGUGGAAACAAUCAAAAGGUGCAAGAAAUGUUUCCUGUGUCUAUUGUCGUUCAAAAUGGGUAUUUCCUAAAGAGGAUAAUAAUAUUUCCAAGAAGCCAAUUUCAUUACUUGACAAAGAACAUAUAAACGAAGGAGUUCCUAACUUUGCAAAGGAAUUAGGUCUUUCACUUGUAAGAGAUCGUUCUACAUAUAAAACCUCAAAAGGCUAUUCAUUUGCAAAUAUUGAGGGAUAGAACAAUAGUCGUCUGCUAACCAAUUUCAAAGUAAAAUACUCUAUAGCUUUACAAAUAUAAAUAUUUCAAAAAAAAAAAA